AUGGAGGUGAAAGGAGUGAGGAUUAGGGUUCUUGGAAAGGGAACGUAUGGUGUCGUAUAUUUGCUGAAAACAAAUAUUCCUACUUCUCAGUUAUAUGCAGUAAAAUCUGCUGAUGAGGAAAUGGCUUCUACCCUUCACAAGGAACAGGAAAUCCUUCAACAGUUUAGUGGUUGCCCCAAUAUCGUUCGAUGUUUUGGUGGUUUCACGAGUGUAGAAUGUGGAAGGAAGAUUUUCAACCUGUUUCUUGAAUAUGCUUCACGAGGAUGUCUUGCGGAUUUGAUGAAGGAGUACGGUGGGAAAAUACCAGAACGACAUGCUAAGUUCUAUGCACGGAUGAUACUUGAAGGGCUCGUCGAUAUUCACCGAAAAGGAUACAUCCAUUCUGAUCUCAAGCCACGGAAUAUUCUGGUUUUCCCUUCUCAAGAUGGGAUUAGUUUAGAUACUCUAAAGAUCGCCGACUUUGGGUUAGUUAAAAAGUAUGGGGUAAAAGAUACAAAUGAUUGGGAAUAUGGUUUUCGAGGUACUGCUCCUUACAUGUCUCCUGAAUCUAUCAUCGGAUACAUCACUGGUGCAUUGGAUAUAUGGUCACUCGGUUGCAUAAUGGUUGAGAUGCUUACUGGUAAAUUGCCAUUGGCUUUCCGUAAUCUGAAGGAUUUGAGGGACAAGCUUUUGAGGGGAGAAUCACCCAACAUCCCAGCAAACAUGUCGAGUAUGGGCAAGAAUUUCUUAAUUAAGUGUUUCGCUAGGGAUCCCAACGAAAGGUGGACAGCUAGUAUGCUGUUAAGCCACCCUUAUCUUCUCCCAGAGCACACCUUUUCUCUGCCUGUAACAGGUUUCCUGCAAUGCAACCCAUCCCUUGCUUCAAUAAAUUUUCAAGUGGCAGAAGCAUUCCACUCUCCAAAAGGUUACGAGUUGUUUCCAAGUGGAACAAGAAAAAUUUUAGACGACUUGUUCAGGAUGCAGCUAAUAAAACAAGUUACGGAUAUGAAGUUGGGCGUCUGGACUGGAGUAUUUGCACCUACAAUCCACAGAAAUGUGAAGUGCAGCAACAUCUUGUUAACUGAAAGCUUGCAUGCAAAACUAUCUGAUUUUCGGUUAUCCAAGGCUUUCACUCUUGAAGGUGACAGUCAUGUCUACACUGUGGUUGCCGAUACCCCUGGAUACGUUGACCCUGACAAAGUAGUAGUUUUCAUGUAUCAAUAG